AUGACAUUGCAGGACAUUGCUACUCUAACCUCAUCGAUGAGUUUGCCCAAAGGAAAGCACGACAACUCCUAUGGGCCGGGGGGACGGUACCGGCCAGACCAGGCGCUCGGCAACACCGGACUGCGGGGCCAGUGGAUUUAUCAACUCGACAUGCCGGGAGCCUACGUCAACAAGGAGCCAGACUACCGCAUCAUGUGUCAUCAGUGGUACCUGAACGAGCCUGACGCUUCCUUGUGGACUGCUGGGCUAACCCCCUGCCCCUGCCACAGCUCUCAAGCUGCUGAAGAUGCCAGCUUCACAGUGGAGGUUCUUCCUGAGGAGAUGGCAGCGAGGGUGCAGGCGCUUCGGAGCCUGCAGACUGAGGGGUUCGUCUUCCAGUCCAUGCUGCCCAAUAAGUACAAUGCGGGCCGGAGGUGCACCUUCAGUUCCCAGGGUUACCUGCUCAGAGGGAGCAGUGAUCGCUUCUUUAUUAACAGCCCAGCCUUCCCCUGGGUUGAGGAGCACAUCAACAAGGAUCUGCUGCCCUUCGACUGGUGCUGCAUUAAAUCAUCCCAGUGCCACAUGUACUACACAAAGCGACCACAAGAAAACUGUGAUCAUUAUACACCCGGAGGGAUGGGCCUGGUCUAUGGGACCCUGCAUGUGAAGACCUUUGACGGGACUGACUACGUUUUUAAAGGACUGGGCGAAUUUGUCCUUCUCAGACUGUCGUCAAGCCAAGGAUCCAACGUCUUCACCCUGCAGGGGCAGACGGACGCUGUGGUGACUGACGGAAGGCAUUCAAACGUGACAGCUUUUGUACGACUAGCGGCUUUUUAUCAGGGAACAAGCAAAGUAGAGUGGAGACCAUCUGACAGCAAGGAGGAGCUGAGAGUGCUGGUGGAUGAUGAAGCAAUAGAUUUAAAUUCUGGAGCCAGCUAUAUGAAUCAGGACGGGUUUGCCCUGAGCUGCCCCCAGCCCAGGCAGUGCAGCCUUGUUUACUACUCAGGCUUGCAGGUGCAGGUGGAGAUGGGCAUCAGUGGAUACCUCAUGGCCCUGAUUAAAACACCGCAGUGCUUCUACAACAAGACUGUGGGCCUGCUGGGCAUGUGGAACAGCAACCAUGCAGACGACUUCCUCUACUCCAAUGGGAAACGCUUAGCUUCUGAAGAGGGGAAGCUCCCCUCUGAAGAGGAGCUGCAGGACUUCGGCCUCUCCUGGUCUGUUCCCUCUCCCGAGAGCCUUCUUCACUCAGACCAGCCGACGAGGACAUUCCGCCCUGCCUUCACUGCGGAGCUGCUGGCUUCAGUGAGCACAGAGCGGCUGCAGGGAGUUAGUGAGACCUGCAGUGGGAGCGAGCAGUGCGUCCAUGACACUCUAGCCACCAACAGCGUGGCUAUGGGUUUGCAGACUGCACAGUACAGCCACAGAUUCCAAAAACUCACCGUCAUAUUUGGUAGACGACCAUUAUGGGAGCUGAAGCUGACCAUCCAGCAUGUUUACUCGGAGCACCUGCAAUCUGUACCUUCAUCUGGAGCACCUUCCCUGCACGUAUAG